AUGAAGCAGUCAUUCGACAAAUAUCCUACAAUUGCUGACGAUACUCACUCACUGUCAGCUCACUUUUAUCUGCCCGCAGCCACAGGAAUACAAGCUGGCAGCUGCUUAAGAUUGUUUGUGCUACUUUCAAAGAUUGUUUGCUGUGUUUGUAAUGGUCAGUGUCACACUGGAGCAUUAUCCCAGUUGUUUACAGGUGUUUCAGUGUUAAUUAGGCGUCCAUUUUCUUUGUUACUUAAAGUGUAUUUGGAACUUUCUUCUUUUGUAGCUUGUCAUGAAGCACAUGUAGCAUUUUCUAAAUUGUGUAUGUGA